GCAAUGCAGCAUGAAUUGGCUCAAAACUGGGGAAUUAAUGCUACGGUUUUGUAUGAUCAGUCUCCUGACUUCUUUCACCCAGCUUCGCUGGAGGAGAAGCAUAAGUUGUUUUGUAGAUUAAAUGAGGACUUUUGUCGGCCUCUUGGUGUUAGAGAUUGCGUUAGUAAUGGAAAUCCAUUGAUGGGUAGUCAUCCCCAAAAUGAGACUGUGUUUACAACGGAGGUUGGUUCAAACAUAUAUUUGAAGCCAAACAGGCCGGCACUUGUUGUAAGCAGUACGAGCUGGACUCCCGAUGAAGAUUUUGGCAUUCUCUUGGAAGCUGCUGUAAUGUAUGACAGACGUGUUGCUGCUAUAUUAGGUGAAGAUGAUUCAUUAGACGAGGAGGUCAUCUGGAAAGAAAUAUCCGAUGGAAAACAAUGUUUAUAUCCCAGAUUGUUAUUCAUCAUUACUGGUAAAGGUCCUGAAAAAGAAAAGUACGAGGCAAAAAUAAAGAGAUUGAAACUUAAACGUGUGGCAUUUCGUACCAUGUGGCUAUCUGCUGAAGAUUAUCCAUUAUUGCUAGGAUCGGCUGAUCUAGGAGUUUGUUUGCAUACUUCAUCAUCGGGAUUAGACCUUCCCAUGAAGGUAUCCAUUGUUAUAUGUCAAUGUACAAACAAAGAUACGCUAUUAGCAAUUUUUUUUACAUUGUUAUUUUGAUAACCUUCCUAUGUGUAAUCUUUUGUAUCAUUUAGCCACAUUGCACCCAUAAGCUUCUUAGCCAUGAAACUGUAAUAAAUAUCAUGUUGCUUACGUUGGUAUUCCUAUGUUAUAAAACUUUUGAAAUUCCCUCACUAUAUCUUCAAAAGAACUUAUUUUUUAUUCUGAAAUAAUGUGCUUGAGUGCUUCAUUAGAGUAUCUCUAUAUGUUCAGUCUAAUUUUGGAUCCAUUCCUCAUUAUUCUUAAGAAAAUGUCUUG